AUGCAACGAGGUCGCUUUACCAGCAGCAACCGUGGAGGGGAAUGGGCAGGACGAGGGAAGUCCCGAGGACGUGGUCGUGGACGAGGAGGAUUUGGCAAAAGCACACAGCCAAAAGGCCUCUUCGAGAACGGAUCCUGGCUGUGUAAUUGUACACCGCGACUACCCGCCGUGCGCUUUCAGGUAAAGAAAGAGGGCGCGAACAAAGGUCGUUUCUUCUACACAUGUCAGGAAACGGAGCCGAAACGCUGUGACUUUUUCCUCUGGAACGAAGACGCGCAGCCAAGAGAGGCGGCAGCGGUGUUGAGCAACAGUCGGAAUGAACCAGUGAGGGACACGGCGGGAGCGCAACAGGAAGGAUGGGCUGCUGGAAGAGGUGUGGAAGCGAAGAGACAUGUCGUGGUGAGGGAGGAUUCACCGACGCCAACGCCGUCGCCUUCACCUGUCAGGACUGGAGGAAAGAGAACGUCACAUCAGGCGAAUUUGGACAUCAGCGAUGAUGACUGGGAUCUGGACGGCAAGGAGGAAGCAGAGCUGGCUCGUGUUGCGGACAGCCUCGAGACACCACACAAAGCUGUCAAGACAGGCGUGUACGCAACGCCGGGCACGACUGGUCGGACUUCGAGGACGUUACCGUGGCUUACCGAGUCUACGGCCAGCAUGUCGACUCCGAGCAGCUCAGCGCAGAAGUCCUUGGGAGAGUACUUUGGCACGCCGUCAAAGCCGCCAACACAAUCACUUCGACAGGCCAGCAGCUCCACUAUCGGCCACCACUCCUCCAUGGACAUCGAAAGAGGAACACAGGCCAAGAUCCUACCACUUGAAAGACCCCACUUCAAUCACGAACCGACUCAAGCGCCCUCCCUACAUACAACCGCCUCGCCAUCCACAACGCCUUUCCUGACAACCCAAGUCCUCCCCCUCCUUUCCAGCCUUCCUGCGGACAAAAUCUCUGCCAUCCAUGACAUUCUCGCCAACCACGACCUUCGGUAUCAGGGCGUCAUCAAAGGUCGGGAGAUUGCUCGCGCGGCGCUACAAGGGAAGGAGAGGAGGAUCGCGGAGUUGGAGGAACGGGUGGUGGGAUUGGAGGGGGAGAGGGAGGUACUGAGAGGUAUCGUGGCUGAAUUCAGAAGGGGUGCAAGUGGUGGAGGCGAGAGUGUGGAUGAUGAGUUGUGA